AUAUGUCAAAUUACAAAUCCGACUCGUCUGGAGUGAUUUCUUGUUGGAUCAUAAAAUAACUUUACUUUUCCUAUUUACAUUUACAGUAAUCUUUCAUGUUUAAAUGUAGUUAACUAUUUAAAUUCCUAUGUAAUUUGUUCAAAGUGCCAAAUUGUUGUUUCCACUUCGCUGGUAUUAUGAAUCAGGUUGAUCAAAAUAUAAACAAAGAUAUGAUUGAAUCUGAUCUGAUCGACGUGGAAUCUUUGGAUUAUUCCGAUGAUCAGACUUGGCUGUAUAGUGUACCUAAUGACUCCGGUAACAAAGUAGACCUUGUAGAUCUAUCCUGCGACUGGCCAAAUAAUGAAGAUGAUGAUUACCAAGAGCUGGAGAAAAAACUUAACGUUAUACUUGAUAACAUACUCAAAAAUGAAGUCCUUGCUAUGCCAGACAAGCACACAUUCGACUCGCGUACAUACGUCAGGCCGAAGAAACGUGCAACAAGGCCCAGUAUACAGAGCAUCAUCGAAGUGUCUUCCCAUAACCCAUCGUCUAACAACUCGUUUCAUCAAACCACAAACAAAUACUUGACUUACAACAAAUACAGCAUGCCCCUGGGACCAAUAAACCCAAUGUUGAGACUGAAGACGUUCAACGUAGAUGCUAAUACUGAUAAUAGUCAUGUUGUCAAAGAGUAUGCGAUGAAGAGGCGGAGUUUAGUCCAAGAUGAUGACCCACAGCUGGAAGACCUGGAUGUAAUGCUACCGUCAGAAGUAUCGGAACGGGGGGUCUUCGAUCAUGCACCGGCGUUGUCUAAACCGAUCAACAUUGACCUGUCACAGCCGGCUCACAAUUUACACAACACAUUCAAUAAGGGUCUCACGAACAUUAUGAACGAACGCGGCAGCCUGAAUAUGUAUCAAAGCGGUGAGUCCCUCAUGCGCAUGUCGCCGCCGAGUCUUGUCACCUCCUUACUUAUGGAUGAUUCGGGUAACUUCAACGCGGAAUCGUUAGAUAGCAGAAAAUCGCUGUCCAUGCCGCAUAGAGACUCAGCGCCACCCCAAUCAGGCCGCCAAAGUUUCGACCCAAUGAUGACAAGUAUAACUCUAAGUAUUCUAGACGAGAAAGAUAUGAGCACUAGUUUCCUCUCACAAACCACGUAUCCUGACAACGACAGUUUAAUGGACUCCCUACCGCCAAGUCUUGUCAAUUCCGUGAAUUCAUCAUACGUCGUUUCCAACACUCCCAACCAAAAGCCAGAUCCCUCUGAAGACUCUAAUAUAUUUAGUUCUGUGACGUUCACGCACUUGGAGCAAUCUGAGAAGCUAUUAUCGGCGAGACCUCGGUGCCAACUCUUCAAUAGUUUCACGAAACGCGAUUCGACAAUCCGAAAUUCAGAAAGUUACACUAAAUCGCGUGAAGAAGCCUGCCAAAUUGAUACUACCAAGAUAUUGAACGAAAACACUGAAAAGAAGGAUUCUGUUAAAUCUACGCCCAAAACUAAUCCUGAAAUGACGGAAACAAUUACCUUACAUUACUCAAAUACAAAGUUCAGAAGUGACAAUGAGGAGAAAGAGAACGUGAACGCUACGUUUGAGAAGGACGACACGUUUUAUAAAGACAUGGGCAUGCAACGAACGGUGGACUUGGGCAGGAAGAGCUUGAAUGUGACUUUGGAAAAACAGGAGUUAAACGAGAUCAUACAAGCGAGACAGAAAUUGUCUUUAGCGAGAAAAACGUUGCCAAGUGAACCAGACCAGUUAACAAACCAAUCCGAACCGUCACCGAUUAAAACUAUUCAGUUGCCAAAUAAAACAAUCACGGUGCCUAGACGGAGUAUGGAGAAUGCAUCAGAAUUGUUGUCUAGGGGGAGGGCGAUGAACGGCGGUUUUGAUAGACACGAGGAACCUAGCAGGGAAACACCCAAAAGAAAUGCAACUUUCAAGAAAGUAUCCCCUAAGAUGACCGCCAUGGAUACGACGGUUGUGUACGUUAAUGCUGAAGAAACUAAAGAUAUUAUAGAUAUAAAUUCGGCUACUUUAAAUCUUACCACUGAACGAACUUCACAAAAAGAGGAAUGGGGUUCACAAGAGCGUGCUAUGGUCGGCUCCAGUGAAAGCACUGACACGGGGACGUUUAGUUCUUCGAGUCCACCUGAAAGUGUGCCAGAUAGCACGCCACCUAAUGACCCACGCACACACGUCGCUUCGACACCGCUACUGUCAUUGAAAAAGGGGGCCAAAAAUGACUUGUUAAAUUUGCACAGCACAAUAUCACCCAUAUAUGACAUUGUACAUGACAAAUCGUAUACUGUAACCAAAUCGCCCGGUUCCAACACAUCAGCGCUGGAGAAUACUUGCGACAUUCAUGAUACUACCGUGAUAAAUAGCGCUACUAUGGUUAAGAAGUCGUCGGCGAAAAGGGAUAUUUUAGCUGGCCGGACUAGUCAGGAGAAAAGGAGUUUAGGUCUACCAUCGCAAAUGCGAUAUUCGCCCAGUCGGACAUCGCCUACGAAUGCAGGUAAUCCGGUACCGAGUGGUGUACCGCGCGUCUCAUCCGGCGGUAGGCCGAUGGUGAGACGCGGCGUGUACGCCUCCAACCCCGUUCUGAGUCCCACCGCGCAGAACCCGCCCGCUACUCUAGUGUCGCCACCCGCCAGACGGGACUCCUAUACGGUGGCCGUCGAUCACGCACAGAGGGAGAGAGAGGAUGAGAAAACAGCAGCUAAGACAACGCUAGCAGCGCCGCCCGCGCUCGUACGACAAGGCACGGAAACUCUCCGCCGGGAAAGACCGCAGAGUCAACUGAUGAUGCCGAGAGAUUCGCCGUCAUCGCGACCUUAUUCUAUUGCGGGUGUUCCACAACUGCGAGUUUCAAGGCCAACAUCAGUACCGACACAGAGACCCGCUCCAGCGCCUGUAGUGACGAGUGAGCCGCGGCCGACGUCAGCGUUACCCCGACCCUCUAGGCUUCCUGCACCGAGGAGGUCAUUGAGGCCACCAUCUGUAUACUCAGUAGCGCCCGCAGCAGACCUGGACCACUACUGACCCCUAGCUUGCUGCGCCAACAUAUGGCAGCGGAGCCCUAACUGAUUGCUACUAAAUCUUAGAGUAUAAAUAACAAAUUGUGACUGAUCAGAGAAACGUUGUGUCUUGAAGAACUCUUUUUUUUACUAUAUUUAUUACCCUGGCAACAUUGCUUUUACUUAACGAUUUGCUAUUUAGAAAAUUUUUAAAUGAUUCUUAGAAACAUAAAAUUCGAUUCUAACAAUUUUUUUUUUGUUUUUUAGUAGGUAUUAGUAGAUUACCUCAUCCGACAAAUGUCAUUACUAAUACUAUUUUAUUAAGUAUAUAUUUUAGUAUUAAUGAAACUCAUGUAAUAUUCAUCUCAUUUUUUAUACUAGCUAAUUUUAAAGAGACUUAGAAACUCGACCAAUAGGUAUGUUUUUUAUACGGCAAAAUUAUUGAAUUACAUUAUUUAGUGACAAUAAAUCGUGGAAAAUAAACUUAAAAGUAGUCCUUUUGGUAAUAUCAAAAUUAAAGUAUUAAAAUGUGUUGUUCUAUUAUUAUCUUAUAGUAACGGAUGUUGACAUUUUUUAAAAUACAUGUGUCUAUUAUGUUUUAUCUAAGUGGAAGUGUAUUUUCGGCAUUCAAAAUUUUUCCAUGCAAAAGUUUUGCGAAUGUCUAUAUGAUGAGGUGCGAAAUUCACUUUUCUUACCUUGAAAAGUUUCCCAUUUCAACCUCUGAUGAUUAUAUAAUUGAAUGGAACGUAAGCUCUCUCUCGUAUCAUGUCUAUGCACACAGCAACACGUCAUGUUAUCGUCAUAUGUCAUAAAGAAGUGGCGAAAAUUGAGAUUUCUGUAUAAAUUGACGUUUUGUUGAUGUACAUGAGUAAGCUCAAUGUUCACAAUAAAAAAAAAAACUCUGCCUAAAUCAUGUUUUGGUACAAAGACAUACAAAUAAGAUAUUAUUAUUGCUAUUAAUUAACAAAUGUAAAUUUUAGUGCGACGUUAACACGGGGCUUAGUAAUUUAUUUCAGUGUUAAGUAUUUGCAUUUUGUUUAGACUUUAUAAUCAUUAUAAGGAACUGUUAUUAUAAUGUAAUUUCUAUCCAUGUAAACUGUAACAAGUUUUUGUAAUAUAAUUUUUAAUAUAUAUUAAAUGGUACUUUUAUCUUGUGUAUUAUCGCAAUGAAUAUAUACUUAUUAGAUUUCUGCCAUUCGUACAACUGUAAACGCACACAAAUUAAUGUAUAUUUCAAAAUAUAAUUUCGUGUAAAUUUUGUAAAUUAGCUUUGCGAUUUUUCAUAACUAAAUAUAUCGUAUCAUUAACCUUUUUGUCACACUAUUUACACUAGCUAUAUAACAUAUCUAAUCAAGAGACUAGAAAUUUAAAACAUAAUUUCACACCAAAAGCAUAUCUACUAAAUUAUUAUAUUGUACAUCGAUGUGAGUAAAUACCGGCCAUACAAUUGUUAUAAACAUCGACAUCAUUUGUUUUUGCCAAUAAAUUGUAUAUUUUGUAAACAAUAUUUAUAUGUAUAGACGAUGGUUUUAUGCACUUUUUAAAUAAAUUUGUAUCCACUUCAGUUAGCGCCGCUGCGCCAAUAUAUUUGUCACUUUAAGAGCACCGUGGAAGCACUGGUAAUUUUUUUUAGCUGGAAAUUGUAUAUUAAGUAUAUUAUAUGCGUAUUCGUUGCUGAUUUUUAAAUACGUCGCGCUUAAUGUGAAUGUUUCAUUCAUAUCAAAUAAUGCCACUUGCUACUUUGGAAAAUUAAUGUACAUUCGUGCAUCUUAAGUGACGGUUCGUUAUCUAUUUGGUGCUUGAGGCGGUUUGUUUUAACUUGUCGUGCCUUAUAUAGGUAGUGUAAGAAAUUUUGUUUUCAUUUUCUAAUAAAACUAUGUAUUUCC